UCUAAUCACGAAUCAAAGACCUCGAUCUCUCCGUCAUCAAUGGGAAGUGCAACUUCUUUGAACCUCGCUAGAAGCGAAGAAGAGAAUCCAUCGCUAAAUCAGAGAGAGUCAUCGCCUAUUGCACAAGACGGGGAGGAGUCUAAAACCCUAGUUGAAGAUUCGAAUGAAACAAAGGAAAAAGAAGAAGAUGAAGAUGGUGAAGAGUGCGGUUUUUGCACAUAUAUAAAGGCAGGUGAGUGCAAGGAAUCAUGGAUAGAAUUGGAGAAGUGUUUGGAUGAAGCCAAGAAGAACGACGGUGAAAGUGACGUCACUAAGUGCAAGGAGGCGAGAAAGAUGUUCAAGACUUGUAUUUAUGACAACCCUGUUCACUAUGAGCCCGUUAUUGCUGCGGAAACUUAUAUGUUCGCCAAGAUGUUAAGCGAUCUUCAAGCCAAAAAGGAGGCCGUUCUUGUUGACAGGGCUCAAGUGGUUGCCAAGAUGUUAAGCGAACUGAAAGCGGAAAAAGAGGCCAUUCUUUCUGGUGAUGCUGCCUCCAUUGUUAAAGCGUUAAGCAAGUUGCAAAAAGAUGAGGAGGAGACCAUUAACAUUCUGCCCGCUGAGGCUGCAGCGAUUGCAAAGAAGUUUAGCGAGUUGGAAGCGAAAAAGAAGGAGAAGGAAGAAAAGUGA